UGCGUGCGCCCGCCAGCUGGCAUCCGUACUUUCGCCCGUUGCGAAUUAAAAAAAUAACUUUAAAAAGUAACAGUGUCAAUGAUGUGACGUAAUAAUCGCGUGUUUACAAUUCCAUUUUUAAAUUUAUAUAAGCGUGUCAACGAUGUGAUUGACAGUUUUAUUUUUUAAUUUAAAAGUUUUUGGCGCGCAAUGACAAUGACUAUUUCAGUUGAAAAGUGAAUUGGAAGUUGCCGAAUUUCGAGUCAAGGAUUGCAAAACUCGAAAUGGAGCCAGACCUGUUCGAAGAGAUACAGGGGUCGACACCCCGAUCCCUGGUCACAACCAUCUAUCCAGCAAAUAGUAGUGACACCUCUAAGGAUCUAAAUGUGUACUACUUUUAUGAUUCGAUACAGUUUCCUGUAAUGUGGGUGCUGUUCUUCCUCAUUGUGCUGUUGAAUGCUUCGGUCAUAGCGGCCCUGCUCUGCACUAAUGCAAGGAAGAGCAGAAUGAACUUCUUCAUAAUGCAACUCGCUAUUGCAGAUCUCAUGGUUGGUCUCUUAUAUGUGUUCGUGGAUAUUGUACAGAAGAUCACGAUUGCCUGGCUGGCUGGCGAGUUCAUGUGUAAAAUGGUUAAAUUCCUACAGGCGGUAGUGAUGUAUGCCUCAACAUACGUACUAGUGGCGCUCAGUAUAGACCGAUGCGACGCCAUCACAAAUCCAAUGAACUUUUCCGGCAGCUGGAACAGAGCACGGGCUCUCGUCGCAUCCGCGUGGAUCAUCAGCAUUGUAUUCUCCAUACCUGUCCUUAUUCUAUACGAAGUUAAGGAGGUGCAAGGUCAGCUACAAUGCUGGAUAGACCUAGGCACAACGAAGCGGUGGCAAGUCUGGGUGACAUUAGUGGCUGUAAUGAUAUUCGUGCUCCCAGCGCUUGCUAUAUCAGCCUGCUAUGCCAUCAUAGUGCUCACUAUAUGGACUAAAAGCAAGGCCGUUGUUAUGAGCCCGCCGGUUAAUUCUAGAAGGUUCAAGAAUUGGAGGAAUGGGCAAGCGGAGAGCGAGCCCGAGUCGCGGCGCGCCAGCUCGCGCGGCCUCAUCCCAAGGGCCAAAAUUAAAAGCGUCAAAAUGACGUUUGUUAUUGUUUUUGUGUUCAUCCUCUGCUGGUCGCCAUACAUCCUGUUCGAUCUCCUCCAAGUGUACAACCACAUACCACCGACGCAAUCCAACCUGGCCAUAGCCACUUUCAUCCAGUCUCUCGCGCCGCUUAACUCCGCCGCCAACCCUCUAAUCUGCUGCAUGUUUUCGCCGCAUAUAUAUAGCAGUUUGAGGUAA